UAUACUAUACCUUACCAUACUACACACACCAUGCGACACCACAAGAUCCAAGCGGCGGUGCGGAGGAUCCUCCGGCUCUCUUUCCUUCUCGGGCUGGCCUUUGCGGGGACCACGGCCGCCUUUUCGGCGGCUCCCCCCCGGGCCCCGGCACGUUCCGGGGCGAGACCGUCCCCGGCGAGGUUGUGCUCGACCCGGAGCGGCCGGGUCGCGGAAGAGAGCUUUCUCAUGAAGCCCUUCCAGACGGCCUCCGGCGAAACAGUGUGCGUUGCGUAGUGCGCAGUGUCGUCCGUUUCGUUUCGUUUCGUUGCGUUGCGUUGCGUCGUUCUUUGUUGUUCUUUUGUUGUUUCUUCCGCCGUGUUCGAGACCGACCGGCACGAACCAGAGGCUCACCGUGUUUUUUUUGUUUGUCUUGUUCCGUCGUCGCUCGCUCCCGCCGGAUUCGUUCCUUCGGUGCUUGCUGUUCUUGCUUGCAUGUUGCCAUUCGCGAGCAGGAACCCCUAUCGGGUUCUGAAGGUGCCUAGGAGCGCCGAGCGAAAAGAAAUCCGCGAGGCCUAUCGAAGGAUCUCCAAGAGGUACCACCCCGACAUUGUGCGGCACAAGGACGUACUCCCGGGAAAUUGGUGAGUGGAACGGACCCGACCGAAUUGGAUUGAAUUGAAUUGGAUUGAUUUGGAUUGGAAUGGAAUGAAUUGGAGCUCUGCCCAACUCGGCUGAGCUCUGGUUCGCUUCGCUUGGUGAUACGGAUGGAUCACUCGUGCCUACGGGUGUGGUUUGGCAUACACGCUUGGUUCUAACAAUCGCACGAUCUCUUUGUAUCGCUCGUGUUCGUGUUCUCCCGUCACGCACCACACCACAUCGCACCAAAUCGCACCCCGUCCCAACAGCAACAGCCACGACGACGUGGAAGCCGAGUGGGAGCGCAUCCAGCUCUCCUACGACAUUCUGUCCGAACGGAAGCGCAGGAUGCAGUACGACCGCCACGAGCUGAUCGCCGACCCCGGGGCCGCCGUGCAGAGGGCGGCGUUCGAAGCGGCCGCCGCCGGCGUCGUGGGCCUCGGAAAGGGCAUCUUUCGCGCCGGCUCGUCCGCCCUGGACCUCCUGGGGGGUGCCGGGAAACGGGACGCCGGGGGCGAGCGGUAGGGGCCGCUGGCGUCGCGUCGCGUUGAAUCGAAUCGAAUCGAGUAAAACGGAACCGAACGGGAUGGUAGUGGGGGACGCUGCAGGUGGCGAAACAGAAUGGUCCUCGUGCGACGGACCGGUAGACAGCUAUUGCAAACAAUAACUUUUAACGUUAAAA